GUGUACAGUCACCGCCAUCGUCUGUCAGAUUCCUACAAUAUAGGAUCUGCUCAGUGGAUAUCUUCUAUAUAAGAUCCUUCUCCUUAUUGACCCGUCAAGGAUGGAUAGGGACAGGGACAAGAUGGCGGAGAGUAUAAUAAAUCUCACCCUAGAGAUCCUCUUCCGGCUUACUGGAGAGGACUACACAGUAGUGAAGAAGACCUCUAGUGAGCGCCGUCAGGCCCCUGUGUCUAAAGGAUGGGGAAGAACCUUGAGCCCAGUUAUGGGGCCUCCACCUCACCCCCUCUUACACGAGGAAAUCAAUAGAGAGAAGAUCCUAGAGCUCACCAACAAGAUGAUUGAGCUGCUGACUGGAGAGGUUCCUAUAAGGUGUCAGGAUGUUACCGUCUAUUUCUCUAUGGAGGAGUGGGAUUAA